AUGUUAAAGUAAAAAGUAUACAAACUAGAACACGGUUAAAAAGAUAUUUUUUCAUCCACUUCUCAAAAUCUAAUUCGAAAUAGGACCAUGCUACACUUACACCAACAAAUAUACCCCAUUUGUACACCACAGGUGGGAGGGAGGGAGUGAGACUUGAGAAUGAACAUGGGUUAUGGGAGAAUGAGUGCGCCCCUUUCAUUACCACUAUCAUCAUUCGCAACAAUAAUAAUAUGGACGUUGUGUUUCACUACUAUCACCGUCUCCUCUUCUUCUUCUUCUUCUUCUUCAUCACCUGUCAUCAGCCUUGGCUAUGAAUGGGUUGCAACUGCGCAUCGUAAUGAACAGACCCAUAACUGGCGUGCUCCAUGCUUUCACGAGAACACUGCCACGUUUACUUAUGAUCCAGUUAUACACAAGGCCUUUGUUGAAAUCACCCCUCAUUAUGGAAGUUGUUGGACUUGUCGAGAUGAUUACCAGAUCAGAUUUAGAAACAAAAUAUUGGAUACGGGCAGUACGUAUUUUGGUGGAGUAGCAAAUGUUUUCGCUUUUCGCGUCGGUCGCCACGAUGAUAUUGAAGGCAUGUUGAGUGAAGGAGUGGAUAUUUACGUGGAUAAGAAUCCAUCCACAGCUUGUGUUGGUGUUUCCAAGGACACAAUAUAAAGAUCGAAUUGAACCAAGGAUCCAUUCAUUCUGCGCGCAAUUAAUGGAUCUUAUUAUUAUUACUCGUAUUAUUAUUAAUGAAGAAAGUGCAUGUGUAAUCGAUGUUGAAUGAAUAAGCUAGCAUGCAAUAUCUUCGUCCAUUUCACUUGGAAACUAUGGACUAAUAAUUAUACCAGUAUAUGUUUGUGCCUCAUGUAUUACUCCACCCCUUUACUGAAAUUAUCCCUCUUUCGUUUCUUCCCUCUCACUAAAAUGCUUCCUUUCUU